AAUGGGAGGGGUUUCUUAGAUAGAGAGACAGUGGCUUGCUAAACCGUGGCUGCUGAGAAAUAGGAGAAACCAGCCAGAUGAGAACUAGAAUUUGUGAGAGAGGCUGUUUUAAACAGUUUGGAAAUGGAAAAAGGAAUGCCAGAUAAGGCUUGAAGGGCAUGAUUGAGGAAGCUGGGACUUCAUAGUCUAACGCCCACGGAGACAUCCAGAACAGCCGGUGACAAAACCUGACUGAACCGUGUGACUAUUUACCGGUACCCAGCUUUAUAGAGCGACACUGGACGGAUAUACAGCUGAUGCAUGAUGUAAUAAAGACACAAGAAUUUAAUUGGUCUGUGUACCAUGCACCCACACUCUGGACUCGUGUGGUAUUUCCUUUUGAUAAUGGGAGGUCUUGGGAUGUCUGUUUUUCCGGAGGAAGCAAAGCCGGUCAUCAGAGUCGGGGCUGAAUAUCUCGGGACAUAUCCUGUAUUCAUAGGGAAUGGUCACAACAGAAUUCCUGCAAAAGAGCCAUUGAAUGUGCAAAAAAUGUUAAGGGUGAACAGAACACUUUACAUCGGGGACAGGAAUUCUUUCUAUCAAAUUCUGCUGGACUCCAAAAGUUUAGAAAUGAAAUACCAAACGAAAUUCAUCUGGAAAUCAAGCUACCAAGAUAUUAAUGUGUGCCGAAUGAAAGGAAAGCAUGAGGAGGAGUGCAACAAUUUUGUGAAGGUUCUCCUUUUGCAUGGCAAGACCUUAUUUGCCUGUGGAACCAAUGCAUUCAACCCUGUGUGUGCAGACUACAGUUUGGAUACGCUCGAACAAGUAGGGGAAUCAUUCAGUGGGAUGGCUCGAUGUCCUUAUGAUCCAAAACAUGGAAAUGUUGCGCUCUUUGCAGAUGAAAUGCUCUUUACAGCUACAGUAACAGAUUUCCUUGCAAUAGAUGCUGUCCUUUAUCGAAGUCUUGGUGAACGUCCAGCCCUACGAAGUUUUAAACAUGACUCAAAAUGGCUCAAAGAUCCAUAUUUUGUCAAUGCUGUGGAAUGGAAAGAUCAUGUGUAUUUUUUCUUCAGGGAGACAGCAGUAGAAUUCAACUACCUUGAGAAGGUGAUUGUAUCCCGUGUUGCACAAGUAUGUAAGAAUGACAUGGGGGGAUCUCAAAGAAUUCUAGAAAAACAAUUUACAUCCUUCCUGAAAGCUCGCCUCAACUGUUCUGUUCCUGGAGACUCUCACUUUUAUUUCAAUGUUAUCCAGUCAUCAAGUGAAAUUCUGGCCUUCGGUGGAAAGCAAGUUCUAAUUGCCCUCUUCUCUACCCCAAUCAACAGUAUACAAGGCUCUGCUGUCUGCAUUUUUGACAUGGAAAAGAUGGCCUUGACAUUUUCUGGUCGGUUUAAGGAGCAGCGCACUCCAGAUUCCAUAUGGACACCUGUGGCAGAGGAACUAGUUCCAUCACCAAGGCCAGGCUGUUGUGUUGGCCCCUCCAUGAACUUUAAUUCUUCUCGUAAUCUCCCUGAUGAAGUGCUGAGUUUUGUAAAGUCACACCCCUUGGUGGAGGAUUCUAUUCCCCCUCUCGGAAGCUCCCCUUGGAUUACCAGGACAUUGACAAGGGAUCAACUGACACACCUAGCAGUGGAUACUUCUUGUGGAAUAUUUGGGAAUGAAACCAUUCUAUUUCUCGGCUCAAACUCGGGAGUUGUCCUAAAAUAUCAUCUUAAUCCCAAUGUUGAUGGAACAGAUGUCGACCACUCUGAAAAAAGUACCUUAAUUGAGGAGAUACAGACAUACCCUGCAGACAGAUGUGGUAAGAGAGAUGAACAACCAUGGAUUCUUGGUCUGGAAGUUGAUAAAGAUUCGGGUUCUCUCUUAGUAGCGUACACCAGAUGUGUGGUGAAAGUGCCCCUUGCACGCUGUCAGAGACAUAAUGGCUGCAUAAAGAGUUGCCUGGACACACGUGACCCUUACUGUGCAUGGGAUCCAGAGAAUAAUCUUUGCAUUUUUACACCACUUAGAACAUGGGACCAUUAUGAGCAAGACCUAGAUGGGAGUGAAAAGCUCUCAGCUUUGAAGAUUGUGAGGCUCUUUAAGCAAAAUGGUUGGAACCCUGGAAAGAGCAAUGAACACAUUGGAAUUCCACCUACUCCAGAACAGACCCCUCAAAUGCACAAGAGAAAUGACAAUUCCCAAGACUAUAUAAAAAACUCUUUGCAUGAUCCAUCUUUCAGUGUCGUCUACUCUAAUGUCCACCACUUUGCAUCCGCAGGGGAGGAUGAUCUUCUCAUUAUUUAUCUCAACAUGGAGAAAAGAAUUGCCAUUUCCACCAUUACAGCAAUGACUCUUACUGCAUUCCCCAACAAAGAAAGAUUCCUAUAG